AUCAUAGACCCCAAUGAUGUUAAUUGGGCGCCAUGCAACUUAGUCCCGAGGGUUUAUAGAGAGAUAAAUUAUUAAUUUAUUCUUUAAAAUGUGAGAUCCAUUCUGAUCCCAAAAUUUUCCCACACCAUUAAAAAGAGUAAAUAGGAAAAUUAAAACUAGUCAUACCAUGCAAAAAUAAUCCCUUGGAUGUGAUUCUUACUGAAUCUUUUAAAUUUAUCGUAUGAUAAUCAUACAACUCGGCUACGUUGAGUCGGUAAAUUGUUAAUUUAUUGUAGUUUAAACAGAUAAGUAACUGAUCAAAAUGUACGCGUACAACACGUGAAUAUUUACCAAAUUAUGAAUGCUUCAGUUGGUAACAUGCAUCGAUUUAAUUCCGCAUAAUAGACGUAUGGGACGUACCAGUCUUGACCAGUCCACGCUUGCUCAACAAGAGGGCGAGUGUCCAUGGCGAAAGCGAUCAAGGGAGAGCUUGUUGAAGAUGUCCAUUGAGGAGAUUGAACGCCCAAACAACAAAGAGAGAGAGAGAGGGAGAGGGAGAGGUUGAGGAGAAGUGGAUACAAGUAGCAUCUGAGAAAUGUCGGGGCAGCAACAGCUGCAGCAGGCUUUUGAGCAGGAGGAGGUGAUGAAGCGGGUGGCGUUGGUGGAGAAAUGGAGCCAACCUGAGCUCCAGGCCUUCCACCUCCCGUCCCCUCCCCGUCCUCCUUCCCACCCAAAAGGCGGCGACUUGCUGGUCGCCGAAGUGGUAGAAAGAGUCGGUGGCGGUGACUCCCUUGCCUCUGUCUAUGAGAUGGGGGUCGCCAAUGCCAAGACGGAGGAACAACCUCCGCCGCAAUUGACUGCGGCAUCUCCAUCGGCCGGGAAUGAUGGCCAGGAAGACAAGAAGCCUGAGUCGCCGGCGCAGACGGUGGGAUUCGUUGAGCUGUUCCGGUUCGCAGAUGGGCUCGACUGCGCGCUGAUGGCCGUCGGCACCGUCGGAGCCAUCGUCCAUGGGUGCUCCCUUCCCAUAUUCCUCCGCUUCUUCGCCGAUCUGGUCAAUUCGUUCGGAUCCAACACUGGCGAUCCCAGCACCAUGGCCAACGAGGUCGCCAAGUAUGCAUUCUACUUCCUCGUUGUCGGCGCGGCGAUUUGGGUGUCUUCCUGGGCCGAGAUAUCGUGUUGGAUGUGGACGGGGGAACGGCAAUCCACCAAGAUGAGGAUCGUGUACCUGGAAGCAGCGCUGAAUCAGGACGUCCGCUACUUCGACACCGGGGUGCGCACCUCCGACGUCGUCUUCGCCAUCAACGCCGAGGCGGUCAUGGUGCAGGACGCCAUCAGCGAGAAGCUUGGGAACUUCAUCCACUACAUGGCGACCUUCGUGUCCGGCUUUGUGAUAGGGUUCACAGCGGCGUGGCAGCUCGCGCUCGUCACGCUUGCCGUCGUUCCGCUCAUCGCCGUCAUCGGCGGCAUGCACACUUCCGCACUAGCCAAGCUGUCGUCCAAGAGCCAGGACGCCCUCUCCCAGGCCAACAACAUCGCGGAGCAGGCGCUUGCCCAGGUAAGGACCGUGCAAUCCUUCGUCGGCGAGUCGAGAGUCCUCCAAGCCUACUCUGCCGCGCUCGGAGUAGCUCAGAAGAUUGGCUACCGGAGCGGAUUCUCCAAAGGCCUUGGCUUGGGCGCGACCUACUUCACAGUCUUCUGCUGCUACGCCUUGCUUCUAUGGUACGGAGGGUUUCUCGUGCGCCACCACCACACCAAUGGCGGACUAGCCAUCUCCACCAUGUUCGCCGUCAUGAUCGGAGGAAUAGCUCUUGGGCAAUCAGCUCCGAGCGUAGUAGCAUUUGCGAAAGCAAGGGUGGCAGCAGCAAAGAUUUACCAAACGAUUGAGCGAAGGCCAAGCAUCGACCGGAAGAACGACUCUGGGAUCGAGUUGGGUGCCAUUACAGGGCUGGUGGAGUUGAAGAACGUGGACUUUGCUUACCCAUCAAGGUCCGAUGUCCCUGUACUCCGGGAUUUUUCGCUCACUGUUGCUGCAGGGAAGUGCAUCGCAUUAGUUGGAAGCAGCGGCUCUGGGAAGAGCACCGUGGUUUCGCUCAUCGAAAGAUUCUACGAUCCCACUUCAGGACAAAUUCUACUUGAUGGACAAGACAUCAAAUCUCUGAAGCUAAAGUGGCUCAGGCAACAAAUUGGGCUUGUGAGCCAAGAGCCUGCUCUCUUUGCAACCACCAUCAAGGAGAAUCUUCUCCUUGGCAGGGAAGGUGCCACACAAGUAGAGGUCGAAGAAGCUGCCAGAGUUGCAAAUGCCCACUCUUUCAUUGUGAAGCUACCAGAUGGCUAUGAUUCCCAUGUUGGAGAGAGAGGGAUGCAGCUCUCUGGUGGCCAAAAGCAACGUGUUGCUAUCGCCAGAGCAAUGCUAAAGAAUCCUGCAAUUCUUCUACUAGAUGAGGCAACUAGUGCCCUUGAUUCUGAGUCUGAGAAACUCGUGCAAGAAGCUCUUGACCGAUUCAUGAUCGGUCGCACCACGCUUGUAAUUGCCCACCGUCUGUCAACCAUCCGCAAGGUCGAUGUUGUUGCAGUUCUUCAUCAAGGGACCGUCGCAGAGAUUGGCACACAUGAUGAACUCAUGACGAAAGGUCAGAGUGGACUCUACGCAAAGCUAAUUCGCAUGCAGGAGCAGGCACAUGAGGCAGCUCUCAUCAAUGCCAGGAAGAGCAGUGCAAGGCUUUCAAGUGCUAGAAAUUCAGUGAGCUCCCCAAUUAUUACCAGGAACUCAUCGUAUGGCCGAUCCCCAUUUUCCCGUCGUUUCUCCGACUUCAAUGUAUCUGAAUUCGGCAUCUCAGUCGAUACAAACCACCCAAUGGAGCAUCUUGCAUUUCGAGACCAGGCUAGCUCAUUCUUGCGUCUUGCGAAGAUGAACUCACCGGAAUGGUCGUACGCCCUAAUAGCUUCAGUCGGUUCCGUGGUGUGCGGUUCUAUGAGUGCUUUCUUUGCAUAUGUCCUUAGCACGGUUCUCAGUGCUUACUAUGCUCAGGAUUACAAGUACAUGCGUCAGGAGAUUAGGAAAUAUUGCUACCUCAUGGUCGGCGUUUCAUCUGCAGCUUUGCUCUUCAACACUGUGCAGCAUCUCUUCUGGGAUGUGGUAGGGGAAAAUUUAACCAAACGUGUCCGGGAGAAGAUUCUUGCAUCUGUUCUCCGAAACGAGAUCGCAUGGUUCGACAGAGAGGAGAACGCCAGUGCUAGGAUUGCACGUAGGCUGACAUCGGAUGCUCACAACGUGCGAUCUGCAAUCGGAGAUCGUAUAUCAGUCAUCGUGCAGAAUGUUUCACUGUUGCUUGUGGCCUUCACUGCUGGAUUCAUCCUUGAAUGGCGGCUAGCCAUGGUUCUUGUCUCUGUUUUUCCGAUCGUGGUCGUUGCGACAGUUCUUCAGAAAAUGUUCAUAACGGGCUUUUCAGGGGACCUUGAAGGAGCUCACACCAAGGCCACACAGAUCGCCGGCGAGGCCGUGGCCAACAUCCGGACAGUUGCAGCUUUCAAUUCAGAAGCAAAGAUCACCCAACUAUUCGCAACCAACUUGCAGGCUCCGCUCGUUCGCUGCUUUUGGAAGGGUCAAGUAGCAGGGAGUGGAUUCGGUGUCGCUCAGUUGUUCUUGUAUGCUUCGUAUGCCCUCGGUUUAUGGUACGCUUCAUGGCUCGUGAAGCAUGGGAUAUCAGAUUUCUCCAAGACGAUUCGCGUGUUCAUGAUCCUCAUGGUCUCAGCUAACGGUGUCGCCGAGGCCCUCUCCCUCGCACCUGACUUCAUCAAGGGCAGCUGCGCCCUGCGAUCCGUGUUCGAGCUGAUCGACCGCCAAACCGAAAUUGAGCCUGAUGAUCCCGACGCCACUCCUCUACCUGGCUGCAUCCGUGGCGAGGUCGAGCUCAAGCACGUAGACUUUGCUUAUCCAUCCUGCCCGAACUUGCCUGUGCUCUGCGAUCUCACACUGCGUGCCCCCGCAGGAAAGAUGCUCGCUCUUGUCGGCCCGAGCGGCUGCGGGAAGAGCUCCGUCAUUUCGUUGGUCCAAAGGUUCUACGAGCCGACAUCGGGCCGCGUGCUCAUCGACGGGAAGGACAUAAAAAAGUACAACUUGAAGGCGCUGCGUCAGGCGAUCGCGGUGGUGCCUCAGGAGCCAUGCUUGUUUGCUUCAACCAUCUUUGAGAACAUCGCGUACGGGCGGGAGGCAGCGACGGAGGCAGAAGUGGUGGAGGCCGCGACGCUGGCCAACGCGCACAAGUUCAUAUCGGCAUUGCCCGACGGGUACAGGACAUGGCUAGGGGAGCGAGGGGUGCAGCUAUCGGGCGGACAGAGGCAGAGAGUAGCCGUGGCACGGGCACUAGUGAAGAAGGCGCCGAUACUGCUGCUGGACGAGGCAACGAGCGCACUGGACGCAGAGUCCGAGAGGAGCGUGCAGGAUGCACUCGAGCGGUCGGGGACGGAACGAACCACCAUCGCGGUGGCGCACCGCCUUGCGUCGGUAAGGAACGCUCACGUGAUCGCAGUGAUCGACGAUGGGAAGGUGGUGGAGCAAGGAACGCACUGGCACCUGCUCAAACACCAUCCCGACGGGAGCUACGCGCGAAUGCUGCAGCUGCAGCGCUUCGCCAAUGGAGCUGCGACUGCAAAUGGGACGUCGUCGCUGGGACCGUCGACGAGUGCCAGAGAAGCUACAAGAUAGAGAUAAAAGAUCGAAACUUUGAUGGAUGUCCAGUUAUUAUUAUUAUUUUUGCUGUGAACUAAACACGAUUGGCCGUGUAAUUAUGCUGUUCUCACUAGUAGAUCGAAUAUGGCUUUAUGACUCAA